AUGAAAAUUUUCCACCGGGAUGUACGCCCAUCAAACAUCUUAUUGGAUGCUAGUGACAAUACUCUUGUACUUGCUGACUGGGGAUCAGCAAUCAGCAAUCCAUCUAACAAACUGGUUCCCUAUGAAGGAACUAUUACAUUUGCGUCACCAGAAAUUUUGAAUAACGAUAUGAGACCUUACCAACCUAAGGAAUCGGAUGACCUGCAUUCCUUUAUACGUACAAUGUACGUUUUGCAUAAUCAAACAAAAUUGCCAAUUAUUCCUGAUGGAACUUUUGAAUCAAAAGCACAGGCUAUCCGAGGAUUCUGGAACGAUAGCGUGGAUGUUAAAAUGGGAGGUUUAGUAUGGAAGGAGAUGGUUAAUGCAGCGAAAAUGAAGAUUAUGAAGUUCUGGAAAGAUGUUGUUAUAUCUUUAAGGUAUAAUGCUAAUGCUUUUGGACAUAUGGAUUUAUAUUUUAUAAAUAUUUAG